CUGAUAGAUGAACAGCUGAGAAAAGCUUAUUUGAUUUAAUGGCUCAGGUGAGCCAAUAAAUGCAAAAAUAAAUGAUUUGUCACUCGUAAAUCAUGAACACAGAACAGGCAAUAGAGAUGGCAGGGUGAAGUAAUUAUCUUUGUACCUAUACAACUGUCAGCUUCUGUAACUCUUCAUCAAUAAGUGACCAAUCAAAUCCUACGGUCUGCUUCCUUUGUAAUGAUUGACGGCUGCUCAGCUUAACGUUAGAGGUUUCCCAAUAACUGCAGUCAUUCAAUAUUCCAAUAAAAUGCAUUGCUUAAGGUUUGGCUUGUGAAACCUAUCUAUAAUGUUGCUGGGGAUAAUAUAUGUCUACAUAGAUACACGUGUUUCACUUAAUCAUCAAACCAACUCUUCACUGGACCUUACUAGCAAUCUGGAAAUUUGAAACAAGCAACUACCAACGAUAUAUCAAAGGGAAUUGUAGAAAGAAAAGGAAAUUUACAGAUGCAUCCUUUCAAUAAUUCACAUCUUACCAUCACAUGAGCUUUCAAAGUCUUGCAGCACACAAUUUCAGAAAAAGUAUGCACAUUUAUCAUAUUUGAUUAGAAGAGGAAACCACAGCUAUAUAUAGAAAUAUAGUCGAAUUUCAACACCUGGCAUCCACCUGAUCAACAUAAAGCUAAUAAAAAAUGACAGAUGAUUGGAUAAUUCCAAAUUCCACCAUGGAUUACUCUUACUAUUAUUUUGGAAAUGAAUCCUGGAACUCUUCGCAUUGGCCUAUGGAUGCCCACUUUGAGAUCUCGGACUUCGAGAGUCCUAAUCUACUGCGUAAUAGUGGCUGGAGGAUUUUUAUGAUCAUUCUAUUCGGAGCUGUCAUCUUCUUGGGUUUUAUUGAGAAUUUAAUGGUGAUUAUAGUUAUCAUUAUUAACAAGCGACUUCACACUGUGACAAAUAUAUUCAUAUCUACAUUGGCUUUCUCGGACAUAAUGCUCUGUGCGUUUAAUUUGCCAUUCCAGCUGCAUUAUGGUUUGACAGAUUACUGGUCAUUUGGUCCAGUUUUGUGCCAAAUUAUUAUUCCGAUGUUCGCUGUUCCAGUUUUCAUGUCAACAUUGGCAAUGCUCAUGAUUGCUGUAGAAAGAUACAUUCUAAUUGUGUUUCCAUUUCGCAAGCGACUGACCAUACAAAUGGCUUUAAUUAUUGUGUUUUUUAUAAUAAUUUUCUCUGUGGUGUGCUCAAUUCCAAUAAUUCUACACACAGAGCAAAGUCAAGAAGUGAUUGAUCUCCGACCCUUUAUUCAAGACAUUAUUGAAAAGAGUUUCUGCAUUGAAAAUUGGAAGUUAAAAACAAGUCGAGCUUACACGAUGUUUGUCUUUGUGCUACAAUUUUUCAUACCAUACAUCAUAAUUUCAGUACUUUAUUUCCAAAUCUACCAAGUUCUGAAAAAACGCCCUAUUAAAAGAAAGGAAACCAGAAAGAACUACCAAACAACACGAAUCUUAAUAGCAAUAACAACCACAUUUACCAUAUCAUGGCUUCCUUUUCAGAUAUUUAGCAUAGUUUCAUACUUUAAUCCAAAUAUCAGUACCCAUUUAGGGCAUGCUUACAAAUUAACAGACUUGAUUUUAAAAAUCAUUGCCAUGAGUUCAGCCUGUGUAAACCCAUUCUUAUAUGGCUGGCUAAAUGAUAAAUUCCGACAGGAAUUCGGAACAAUGUUGGGAAAACGGAUGAAAAAGAUGCAAGUGAGUAGGAAUGGGUACUUUCGUACUUCUGGACAAACUUCAAUGGAUUAUCGUACUGAACGAAACUGUGUGACAGGAAACCUCUGAUUUGAAUGUGCACAUUGCAAGGAUAGAUUAUGAACAUGAAGAGUAAUAAUUUUUCUAUUUUUUAUCUCACUGAUGAUCAGUGCAUGUGCUGCGAUAAUGUAGUUACAUACCCUGGUAAAUAAUCAAUCACUGUUGCAUAUUCACCAUUAAUGAUAAAUAAAACAUUGUGUUGUUUACUUCUUUCAACACUGAACAAUUAAUUAAAUGAAAUUUACAAAUAAAUAAACUGUAUUAUAUUUGGCAAGGAUCUCAAGGAAUUCUUCUCAGUUAAGAUUAUUCCAAAUUAUAUUCUUAGAAAAAAACUCUUCACAAAUUGCUUAAUAGCAUAUAUUCAAUAUAUCCUUUUUAUCUAAAAUUUUCACUGUUCAUGAAUUAACUGUUUGCAAUAUUUUUAAUAUUCAUCUUUGCCAGUAUGUUUCCUUAAUGGCUCAAUCAAUUGAAAAUACUAAUGAAAAUGCCACUCAAUUUUCGAUAAAAUGAAGUUGGUCAUGUGGUCAGAAAUUUUUGCAUGUAAAAAGCAAACUGUAUGAACAAUUUGGAGGGUAUAGAUUGUCAUGUUUCAUUCAAUAGUUGUGUUUCCCUGACAGAGUCUAAAGUGUUUAAUAUUUUUCUUUCUAACACAUCUAAUUAGAAAUAUAAGUAUAAGAAAUAAAAUGUCACUUUUUAGAGUUCCAUUUGGUUAUAUAUAUAUAUAUGACAUGGUUUGUACAUUAUCAAAUCUACUAUUUGAGCAUUUUAGGACCAAGCAUUCAAGUGACCAACUUUAUGUCAUAUCUCAGUUAAACUCUACAAAUGACAUCUUAUUUCUAUAAGUCAAUUUGUCUUACAGUCAGUAUGUACAUAUUAUGAUUAUUGAUCAACCUGCCUGAAACAUGUUUUGUAAAAUUGGCCAAACCUUAAGAAACUGGUCUCUAAGUCAGUAAUCUUUCAGGUACUCAGAACUUCUAUAUAAGGGAUGGAUUGUUAUAUGAAAAAUAACAAAUACUGUGAGAAAAAGAAAUUUUUGUAAUACUAUUGUGGGACAACUGUAUGAUUAUUAAAUUGGUUACUACUUGUAAGAUAUGCUGUAUUUUUUAAAAAUA